AGCCAGGGCUUCCAGCUGUACCAGCUUAGUGAGCCCACGUGAGCCCCAGUGGCACACGCGCUUCUGUUUUUCUUUUUUAAAUGCCAGGGGAAGUGCUGCUGCUGCACGUGCAGGCAUUUCCUGGGAGUGUUCGCCAGUGAAAGGCAUUUUGGUACGAAGGACUCGGGGCUCUCAUCCUGACACCACCCCAGUGCUAACAGGAGGCCCCAGCCUGGGUGCAGUAAAAAGGAGAGACCUUAUGCAGGUGAGGAGGCCCAGGCUCUGCCGCGUGGACCCCGCCCCGCGGGCGCUGUGACCGGACGCCCCGUGGACGCUGCGGCCCUCGCGUGGCUUCGAGGACCCGGGGAUGUUACUCAGGGAAGAAGGUACCUCGGGCGGAAAGCACAGCGAGAACGAGGGGUGAGGCCGAUGGAGCGCGCAGAUGUGCCCCUGCCAGGCGGGGGAGCCAUGGAUGCGGGCGACGCGCUGGUCCUGGGCACCGUCCUCGCCAGCCUGUGCGCCUUCCAGCUCCUCUUCCACUUCGUCAGCUACUGGUUCUCCAGGAGGGUGUCUCCUGGCUUCAACAGCCUCAGCUCCGAGAAGAAGAUCGAAUGGAACUCAAGGGUGGUCUCCACCUGCCAUUCCCUGGUGGUCGGGGCUCUGAGCCUGUCCGUGUCCUUGUUCGACGAGGCUGCCAUCGCGGACCCACUCUGGGGCGACUCGCUGCUGGCGAAGGUGAACGUGGCUAUUGCUUCCGGCUACCUCAUCUCUGACCUGCUGAUCAUCGUUCUGCACUGGGAGGUGAUCGGCGACAAGUACUUCCUGAUUCACCACUGUGCCUCGCUGUACGCCUUCUUCUUAGUGCUGAAAGACGGCCCGCUGCAGUACAUUGCCAACUUCCGCCUGCUGGCCGAGCUCUCCAGCCCCUGCGUGAACCAGCGGUGGUUCCUGGAAGCCCUGCAGUACUCCAAGUUUUCCACGGCCAACGUCCUCAACGGCCUGCUCAUGACGCUGGUCUUCUUCGUGGUGCGGAUCGCGCCCAUCCCGUCCUUCUACAGCUUCAUGCUCUCCGUGACGGGCACCGAGGCCUACGCCCGCCUGGGGCUGCUGACGCAGUGCUCCUGGGCCCUCUCGUGCGUGGUGCUGGACGUGAUGAACGUCAUAUGGAUGGUCAAGAUCUCCAAGGGCUGCCUCAAAGUCAUUGCGCUCAUGAGGCGCGAGAAAGCCAGCAGCAGCCUUCGGAACGGGAAGCUGGACUGAGGUGGACAGCGGGGCCGGCGGGUGCGCUCCUGGCAUGUUCUCCCGCUUCCGUAUCAGUUACACGUUAUCCAGGGUUCCAGCCUCUCUCUCCCUCUCUCUCUCUCUCUCUCUAAAUUUUUACCUGUAGGAAAGAGAAACUAAAAUUUUGUUUUUAAUCCUGAGAUUUCUUUCUUGAUUUUCUUGUGCAUCCUAAGCAUGGACGAAGCGUGAAGGUUUAAAUAAAAGGUUACACACGGAGUGUGGGUCUUUCCAGGGCUCCGAGACCUGCCUCGCAUCUCCCCCGCGAGGCUGGCGGGCCGCCACCCGCUUGCUUUCCCGCCACAGCUCUGCGGGGGGAGGGGAGCCGCCUGUGAGCGUGUGCGGCUCAGCGUCUGCACCGCGCCCUGCCCGCUGCGGCUGCGCGGCGGUUCCUGAGCGGCCGUGUCCCCUUCCGGAGGCUGCUCCUCCUGCUUCCCGUGGACGCGACACUGACUCCCGACGGAGCCGUCUACUCCUUCGGGCCGUGGGUGAGUUCAGGCGUGGGCAGUCCCUCUGCAUGUGUAGGUUCCUCGACGUCACUUCAUUUCUAUUUUUAGCAUUUUAUCAAAUCACUGCCUUUUCCGUUGCGCAGUGGGUGUAAGGCAGGUCUUACCGAGCUCCUUUGCUGUGAAUGCCUCCUCCCAGAUGCUCGGCCAGACGCCCCGAAACCCGCGGGAGGCACCCCGAGAAGCAGCUCCCGCCCUGCUGUCUCUCGGCUCCCCUUGCGUGUCUCUCUGAAAACCAGACUGUUUUUAUUGGCACAACGAGCCCAGCGUUCAGAGCCCAUGAGCAGCAGUACCGACGUCCGAGGUGACGUGUGUCCCGCACCAAAGCGGGCCUCGUUCUGAUGUGACGGACGUGACGGAAAAGUCCGCAUGCAGCCUCGGCCCGGAAUGGGUGGGUCCUGGACGCCCCUCUCCUGAGGGCAGGGACCCAGAGGCUCCUCCCGCUCCCUCCUGACCAAGCGGGCGAGGCCUGGCCAGGGCUGGGCCGUGGCUUCCCGCUGUGUUCCUCUCAGGAUGAGUUUGCUUUGGUCCUGGCAGCACAGACAUAGAAGGACGAUGGCCCCUCUCGUGGCCUUUCCGGGUUCUCCUCCAGGACUUGCCUGUCACGCGUGUUCCUACCUGAGAGCAGCGGAAACUCGACGUCACAGGGGCGAAUACUCGCAUUUAAUCGAACCCAAACCCAAAGCUCCAGUCCCUUCCUCCGUCGGCCUCCUUUUCGUGCGUCUGUGGCGGAGGGAGGCGGCUGGAGAGGGGGAGGCUUGGGGUUGGGUUGGGUUGGGCUGGGCUGGCUUGGGCUCAAGUGUGUGAACGUUUGAAGAAGGUAAUUGAAAUCUCAGUCAUAACCACAUGAUAACAUGAGGUUGUCUGGCUUAUUUUUGAAAGACGUAAAGGAAGGCGAACUCUAGGCGCUUGUCUUGAAAGCUGCUCGUGUGACAGGAAUGCGUGUUACCAAGUCCCAGGCACUAAGUACGGGGGAGCGAAAACAGCGGUUUCUCUUACUCUUUUCUUGCUCUUUGGCAAGGAAACUGGCUUUUUUUUUUUUUUUUAAAGGAAAACACUUAUAUGAGAGAACUGUGUUGGAAAUGAGUUCCUUUAGAAAGAACUAAAACUUGAAAUACAUAUUUUUGACUCUGAAUGUCCCUGCAGUUUCCAGACGCAGGUUGUCACCCCGCGGGCGGGCGCACGAAGCGCAGGUCUCCACCGGCUGAAAACCCCGUUCGCUCGCGGGGCAGCGCCAGGGCCGGCGCAGUUAGGACGUAAGUGCUUCGAACUGCCGUCUGGGAUCCCUCGCAUCCGAUGACGCGGACGCUGUGUGUCUGCGGGCAGGAGGCCUGGAGGGAGGGGACGCCGCUCCCUGCUCGCUGCUCGCUGCUGCUUCAGGCCUUGCUGUGCAGCCACGGUCGCCACCCCCGAAGCUCUAGAGACAGAGCACGACAGUGACUAAACGGGCGCUUCGUGGCCGAAGUGACGGACUUUCCUGCUAGAAUUUGACAUGUGAAGUAUUUUGACAGCAUGGAUCAAUUCCAGCGAGUCUAUUGGGCAGUCGACGUUAACUCCUGUUAAAAUGUUUACAGAAAAUAAAAAGCCGCUUGGCACACAUUUUUAA